GAUCGAUAGAGGUGAACCCUUGGGUGAGCCGGGUGCCGGAAAGAGGGCUGGGGCUGCGCAGCGGCGCUAGCUCGUCAAUUUAUUGAUUGUGUGUGUUGUCGGUGUAUUGUAAGAAAACGUAUUGAGGUCAUCAUGGUCGUCAACACGACAAAGUCGGAAUCACUUCGAGCUAAAUACGACUUGGAUAUUGAGCAGCUGGACUACAAAUAUAUUGGGCAAUGCACCAAGGUGAAAACUAUCGAGAACAUUCUAAGAGUGCUGCGCUCCGGACAGGAAGGGGUAUAUCCCGAUCUAGUCCGCUUUACCGAGGAGAGGCUCAGGACACUGAAACCUAGCAGUGCUCUGCUGAGAACCGAGCAGCCAGCAACAGCUCUCCGCUUCCUCGACAGCAAAGAAAGAGACGAACUUCUUUCGGAUCUGACAGAAUGGAAGCAGGAGGUAUCUGCUGCGGAUGCCGAGCUGAAGUCGUCGGGAUCCGCUAAGGAGCCUGCCGAUCAGCAGUUGCCCCCGGUGCGCGGUACGGUACAGCUACGCUCAGCCACCGUCGGCGAGAGGAAGCCGGAGCCGGAGCAGAAGCCGGCGCGCAUCGCAUCCUACGACUACGCCGCCUGGGACCGUUAUGACGUGGAGGCUCAGCUGAAGUUGCUGGACGAGAGCGACGCGCCCGCCGCGCCGCCGCAGCCCGCCGUGCAGCCGCCCAGCGAUCCGGCCAUCGACGACCAGCCGCCAGUGGAGGGGCUCAGCGCCGCCGAGCGCAGCGCGCUGGCACUCCGCGAGAAACAGAAGGGCAACGAGUACUUCCGCAGUGGCGACUUCAGCCGCGCAGCCGUCUACUACACGCGCAGCAUCAACGCCAGUCCGACGGCGGCGGCGUUCAACAACCGGGCGCAGGCCAACCUGAAGCUGGGCAAGUACGGCUCUGCGCUGAUGGACUGCGGGGCCGUGCUGCGCAGGGAGCCCAACAACGUGAAGGCCCUGCUACGCCGCGGCAUCGCCCGCCAGAUGAACAAAGACUGGAUCAAGGCACGGCUCGACUUCCAGCGCGUGCUGGAGCUGGAGCCGAACAACCCGCAGGCGCGCCAGCACCUCGGAGAGGUGGAGAAGGCCAUUAUCGGCAGCGAGACCAAGCGCAGCAAGGUACUCAUCCAGGAGGUCGACUCGAUGGAAGAGGAGGGGGUCCAAGGGGCAGCGCCCGCUGGUGAUGGCGACGGACAUGCUGAUAGUCAUAAGAACAAGAGUGAUGCUAGGACGAGCUUAGAAAGUGAUGCUGUUGCGAGUCACAAGGAUGACGUAAGUAACAAAGGACCGGCGCUUAUUCAGGAGAUUACACAAAGUGAAAACACGGAGGAGGUGGUCAUCAACACAAGGUUCAGAACGCAACAGCCUGAGAGAUCUAAAAUUGAAGUUUCCAUUAGCAAGGAGCCAGAGGUCGGAUGCGGAGAAAAACAAAAGGAGUCACCGUUACCAGCUUCCCACGCAGCCAAUCCAAAGGCUCUCUCAAAAGACGAUGAAGAGACCACCUCCAAGAUAACAUCACGAACGCGAGAACAGGACACCCCCGCCGAUGCUCCUAAGCAGCUGCCGCAGACUCUGGUGGCGGACAGCAGCGUACCGGGGCACCGCGUCACGGACCAGCAACCUCCGCGUUUGCCUGCCACCGGCGCCGGCCAGCCAGCAGCUCGUCCGCCGGCCGCCGGAUCGAGCCAGCCGCGCCGCUGGAGCACGUUCGAGUUUAUGCGCGAGUGGCGGUGUGCGCGCCGCUCCGAGCGCAGUGCGGCGGCCAUGGCGGCCCUGCUGCGCUCCGUGGAUCCCGAUCAGCUGACCGAGGUGCUGGGCGCCGAGCUGGACUCGGCUCUGCUCUCAUCCGUCAUACGGUGUGUGGACGAGGUGAUGCUGGCGCAGGACGGUCCGCAGCGGUGCCACCAGCUGCUGCAGAGGCUCACCGACGCCCGCCGCUUUCACGUGGUGAAGCUCCUGUUGGAUGCCAGGGACCGGCAGCGGCUCCAGUCGAUCGCCGAGCGGCUCUGGCGGCGCGGGGUGGACGUAACCGCCCUGGAGAGGAGCUUCCUCAGCUGAGGCAGCGGCUCUAGUCCAUCGCCGAGCGACUGUGGCGGCGCGGGGUGGACGUCUACGUUGACGUCGGUGUGACCAAGAGCUUCCUCGGCUAAGGCAGCGACUAUGCCUGCGCGGGAUGAGCCUCCCGUUGUACGGGAUGUGCAAUGGGUCGUCUGUUCUGUCCAUUGAGUGAACUGUUAUUUUACAAUUUAGUUCGGUGAAAUAAGGUGAGAAAGUGCGGGUGCAUAAGGCAGUAAAGCCGUUGCAGACUUUGCUGCAGUAAUAGUAGCUUGUUCUUGUUUACCUAUACUAUGAUCCACCUUACAUAAAUUGCUGAUGAUAUGGGGAA